AUGAGCUCCGAGGAUGAUGUUACAACCGACUCACAUUUUUCAGACUCAGACUCUGACUCCGACUCCGAUUCCGACUUCGACGAUGAUGAUGACGACGAAGACUGCUUCUACAUUAACGCAAUCUUCCCUCUACCGAGCCCCUACAUAUUCCCAUGGGACUGUUCUAAAUCGCUUCUUUGGUCGACUUCUCUGAUCGAGCAUGGCGAGUUCACAGCCGCCGACGCCAUUCUGUUAGCUUUCACCGUAGACCUAGCAAUGAAGCUGUACAUUGUCGACGGCAUCGACUACUCCGUCCUAGAAAUCCUUGACACCUCUCAACUUGUCUGGACGAUCCUCAGCAUAAUCCAUAGCUCAAUAUACCAACGAGUAAGCCGUUACGGAUGGAGCAAAGGCGAGGUUAUACAAUCCGUAGAAAGCUUUUACCUCGCCGCAGCCAGUGGUCUUCACCGAAUUCGCGAGCGCUUUGACAUUGCUUUUCUGCAAUACAUUCAGGAUCCAAACACCAAAUCGUUGUUUGCAAGAAAACUACUUUUCAGUGAUAGUUUUGCACCCAAUAGCGAGAAAAUGGCUAAAGUCUACCGCUGGGUCUAUGGGGAGUCACCCGUGUUAGUCCUCUUCAACGAUAUGGAAGAUGAUAAGCCUCCUUCGCGCAGGCCGAUAAACAUACGGCAAUGGGUUUUUGAGUAUAACUAA